UAAUAUUUAACAAAAAAAAACCCUCUGUACCUAUUGCGUCCGUCAUCACAGCAUGAUCAAAUUUUUCAAGUUAUUCUCACCGAGUCUCUUGGUACGGAGGUCAGCUAAUGUGCUCAACUGUUUCAAGGGACGUUUCCGUAGUUUCGCUGACACUACUGUUACCACCAGUACUGAUGUCGACAGCAAGCAAAUAGCCCAAGGCCCCGAGAAUGAGCAGAAAUUGCGCGUGCGCCGUGCGCGUCCAUCGGACGUGCCGCGCGUUCUACGCUUUGUGCGUGAAAACGCUCGCGUGGCGUGGCCCAGUAUUAUCACUCCGGCACCGCCCACCGCCUCCAAUCUCGUCCUGUGCGACUACGUAGCCAGAGCGCUUGCGCAAGGUUUGCCCUUGGGUCAUACGAUGGUGGCUGAACAGCACAGUUCGCGACGUGGCUGGCUGCAGAUCCGCGGGCUAGCGUUGAGCACAGCGGUGUGCGCAUGGGACGCAGCGCUAGUCGAACGAUGGGCGCGUUGCCUGCGCUGCCCACGCUCACGACGCGUGCUCAACUUCACGGCGCAUUGUCUGCGUGCACCGGCGCUACACGACAAGUAUCGUGUGCACAACAUACUGCAGGUGAAUCUGAUCGUGCCUUCGAACGUGGUAAACAAUAAAGAGAUCGUGCACGUACUAGCAAAAAGCGCCAUCCAGCGCGGCCGUGACAUUGGAUUUCCACUGUUGCGCUUCGACGUCACCGACGAGGACAUAGCAAAUUCAUUGGAAGAACUACAAAUGAAAAAAGAAUGGCAAUUGGCAUACGACAUUCUGCCGGAAGCUAUGCAUGAAAAAGACGUGACACCGUCGACUGAUACGAACUCAGUUCAGGACAAAGAUAAGAAGACGAAAUUCUUCGCCGUGUACACAACCUUCACGCAGACUGACAAAACACCUACGUUAGAGACCACCCCGCCCCCACCAUCACUUGCAGUCUACAGCGAACCACCGCCAAACUGGCCCUCAUCGCCAACCGCUUAACAAUUUCACAUGGCCGUUACUAUGCUAUUAUUUCUUCUCGCCCAUAAAAUUUAUUUAAUGCAUAGUAACAGCAAAUAUCGCGUUUUUUAAUACAUUUUACUUAAACAUUCUGAUUCGUUUUAUUUCUUUGACUCUUGGUAAUGUCGCAAAAUCUCGUAAAUCUAAAC